UCAGACAAUGGUAGAGGAUGAAGUAGGUCAUUUUGCUGUUAAAUAUAAAUAAAUAAAUAUGAUUUAACGUUGGACAUUGGAUAUUCCAUGUCAGAAGUGGCGCAUUACAUGUUUUCAGAUUUGAGAUAUUAUUGUUUAUUUUGAGAGUUUGAUAUUUACAGAAUAUUAAACAUGUCAAAAAGCUGUGCUUGUAUCUGCAUAUGCAGGUGUGCACUUCUGACCUUUAUUCUGUAAGUGUAAAUUCAGGUUGGUGGCGUCAUGGCUGAAAUUCAAGAAAUGGUGAUAAACAGGCCCAUUUCACCAGACAGCGAGAUAAGGAAGGCUACACAGGGGAUUUGGAAAUACUCAUGAUGACCAUUUGGUGAUACAGUCUGCAUCCCAUCGUGGUGGUUGUCUGCAAUAUUGGAUUAAGUCAUUGGCUCAGCAGCAGCUUCAGACAUGGUUUCAGGGACCUGCCUUUCAGACACAGACUGCAUGAAUAAGUUAGAUGCAGACAUUCAAUCAGUAUAGUUUGUGUCUUGAUCAGACAGUGGUUGUUGAGCACUUCCAGUUUGACAAGUACAGAGCUGCCAUGGCGUAUCAAGGGAGACUCCCUACACUGCUGCUGACUUUCAUCCUCUGCUUCUCCCCAUGUCCAACCUCUGGAUACACAUUAUUCAACCAUUGGCAAGAAUGCUCUUAUGACUGUCCAAUAAAGCAUUACACCUCCACAUAUGGUGCACAGUGUAGUGAUGCCUGUGAAGAUCGAGGGUAUGACUACUACUGGUGUAAUACCCGAGAAGGGUGGGAUUACUGCUCACCAAGCAACAAUGUUGAUUAUAAAGGCAACCCCUGUCACAAAGAUUAUCCCUGUAGCAAAGAUGGACAAGAUUACUACUGGUGUUACCUAGAGAAAGGAGGCUGGGACUACUGUGCUCAAGUGCUACCAAAGACAAUGACUCAUUACACCAGGUAUCAGGAAGAGUGCAUUAAUGCUUGUCAGUAUCAGAAGAAUGGGGAUUACUACUGGUGCUAUACUCAAGACAGCUGGGACUACUGCUCACCUCAACCAGACUACACCUAUAAAUUACAGUCUUGUCGCCCAGAUCACAAUUGUGGAACACGUGGGAAAAGUUAUAGCUGGUGCUACACAACAUACGACGAUGACUGGGAUUACUGUGGAUUUACUCAUUUUGAUGGCUGCAUGUAUUCCCAGCAACGCCGCCGAAAACGGUCCCCUAACAAUCCAAACAAAGUCUGUAAGUGGAAAAACAACAACAUCAACAAAUAUAUCACUGUAACUCAAGAAGAUGCUCAAAAUACCAUUGCAAGUUGCACUGGUUCCUUACGCAACGAAGCAUUAGGGUUAAUCGAACGAUGGGACAACCAGCUCUUACCAAAUCAGCCCAGGUCCAACUUGGUUCAUUCAGAAAAUUUUCGCAUUGACCUACAGGGAUUCGUUAAUGUGAAUAAUCAGAGGUGUUACAACCUGCAAGUCCAGCGGAACAAGCCGCGCAGUAAAGGAGAAAGCACCACUGUGUCACAGGUCAUAUGUCCUAUUGACAUUCCAAAUAAGACCCUUCGUUGGGCCUUUGGGCAAAGUUUAAGGAAUCGGUCCAAGAUUAAAAUAAUAACAACAAAUGAAUGAAAUCAAUAAAUCAGUCUAUACCAGAUUUUUUCUUCAGAUAGUGAGUUUGCAUUAUUCUGUUUUCAUUCUUUAGCUAACUUGUGAAAAAAACCCCUUUGUAUCAUUACAUUUAUGAAGUUAACUGUAUCUAUCUAUCUAUCUAUCUUUCUUUGAAUCAAUGUAUGUACAAAGUCAAUAUCUAAACAGCUAAAUAUGCAAUAAACAUAACAUUUUUGAAGGCCAAA